UCGCUAGCUAGGUCUUACACAGUGGCGUAUGUUGGUAUUUUCGAAGCUUCCCUCUGAACUUUGUCUGUUCGAGUUGGCAACGAAAUUACUCGACGCCGUGCCGUCAACAUUCUGAAAUGAAAGAUAAUUAGCAAGAUGGCGUCCAAGAUAGCCAGCGUCAGCCAAACCUGUCCGAUAUGUUUGGAGUCUUUUCCCGUGGUGAAGAUGCUGAGUGUAUGCAAGCACAUCUUCUGCCCAAGGUGCCUUUCAAACCAUCUCGCAAAAUCAAACCCCGAAAGUGCGAUCAUUCAUUGUCCGACAUGUUACGCUGAGAGCCCUCUAUCGGAGAGAGGUGUCGGUGGUUUGGUUAACUACACUGGAGAUGGCACUGAUGUAGAAAACCUUGAACUAGUGGGAGCUGUUAGAGUUGGUGAUCAUUUUCACGAGAAACCGGCACCUGGAGCGCCAAAUGAGGCAUUAAAAGGAGGCGCCAUAGGCACCGUGACUGUUAAUAAGACCGACCUUGAUGGGGAGCUAAACGAAAUACCAUAUGGGAAACCUCGCCAGCGGGAUAUUGGGCAGUGUCAAUUGGUAUUUGAAAAGACCUACAACUCCGACAUUGUAAGCAUUGCAAAUCUCGGAAGCAAGUUUGCCGUCACUUACACCGUAAACGCUUCCGCUGGUUCACCAUACCAAAUCGACAUCUUCGAGUUCCCUGAUAAACCCAAACAUACGAUAACUCGAUACAUAACGGACCUGCGGCAUAUUGCUGCAACUCCUGAUGGUAAUCUGGCGGUCCUGUGUGUGCCGUUUGGUAGCAACUGUUCUGUUAGUAUAUUUGAUUCUGAAACAAGCAAUAUAAAAUCAACCACUUACCUAGAUGUCAUCGAGCGUAUGUAUAUGUUGUCAUUUGACGUCAUGGAACGCCAUAAAUGCGUUAUCAUGGACGGGGAAAUGGUGAAGGUGUUCGGUCAAGAUGGAUCCGUUGUCCUCUCACAGAAAGUCAAAGAAAGGUCUGGACAAAUAGCAUGUUGUGGCAGGUUCGUCUUUGUAACUGUAUGGAACCGAGGCAUCGAUGUCUAUGAGCUGAAAGAGAAUCAACUCGUCCACAUCACCAGAAGUGAACCCAUUGAGUACGUGUGUGAUGUUUCAGCUACAGACCGCGAUGAGGUGACGGUCCAGUGCGAGCGAAAUGGUUCUUGCUCCUUAGGGAGGUCAGUGUUUAGAACCAACGGAUUUUCAGAAUGGUCGUUUAAGAAUGUUGAACCACGCUCUCGAGGAGGAGGCGAUGUCUCUGUACGGGGACACCAUAUCGUGACAUCCAUUGGUAAAACAGUCCGCGUGUUUGCGGAUUGUAUAUAAGUCGGAGAGAUUAAACUCAUUAGAAGAUCAUGAUACAUGUACCUACCGCGUGUAUUUUGCGUGUUGUUUUGGGCAGAGUCGAUGAAAGGACGGACAUCAUGCGCCAAACAAGUAUUAGUUAGUUUUAGAAACAGAUAGUCCGGGAAUCAAGGAUUUUAUUAGUCGCUUUUUAAUUGUCUCUGAGAUAAAGGUUACGAAUCUCUAAACAAUUGGAGCGGAUACUUUUAGAAGGCGGACAUUUAAGACUGCUACACAGGCGUCAAUUUUCAAAUGUUGUGAACAAGAUAAUUAGCGACAGGAGAAGACGGAGUUGCUUUCUUCACCUGAUCGAGUUUGGCCAGGACAUGAGGGACUGCAACUUAAGAAAGUUAACCGAGAUGUAGAAUACCCGGCUUCGAUUUCAGUAAUCUGACCACCCCGCAUUCAUUAUUGAGACUCUGACCACUACUGUGGCGAUGAUCUUACCACGCGGGUCUCCCGAUGUCUCCCUUGGUGUUAGUUUUGAUACAUUUAGUCCUCAGAUCCGAAUGUUGCGAUGUCAGAAUCUGACCACCCCUCAUUCAUCAUUGCGACCCUGGCAUCUGUGUUGGUGAUGAUCUGACCACGCGGGUCGCCCAAUGAGUAUGGAUGGCUCGUUGAUCAGAAUGCUGCCAAGUGCGGCCUCUGACAGAUGGCAUGGCAGUCACAUCCCUAUAUAAAUCUUCUCUAGU